UUCAGCACCUUGGUUGCUGGAGGGCUGGGCCGGAAUCAGCUGCUUGAUUUACCCUCCUCCGCCUCAGCACCUCCGCCUCUGCAAAAAUGCAAAAUUUGCUUUUCUCUUGGAAGAGCGUGUGCCCAAGAGUUUGAGGAUGCAGAGUUGGAGCGUUCUUGGCUGACACCAUAGAAGGGGAAAAGAAGGUAAAGACCCCGACUGGGACUUACACCAUCAGCCCCUUGAUUCUCAGGCCUUUGGACUCUGACGAAAUUAUGCCCGAGCUUUCCUGGUUCUCCAGCUUGCAGACAGCAGAUCUCAGGGUUUCUUGACCUCCAUAACCACGUUAAAAAGGAAGACAGAAAGGCUGAAGAGGUUUAGAACAGAGAAUUCCCUUCCCCCAGGUGGAAUAAACUUCUAAUUCACUCUGCUGUUCCAGAUUUGUCAGUAAAAAUAUUUGGGUUGCCUCUUCCUUCUGCCGCUCCCAGUACUGCUUGUGUGCUCAUUGGGUGUGGACCUGAUACCUUUUUUGUGAAGCCACAGCUGAGGAGACUCCAGCGCUCGCCAUGGCUGACAAAAAGCCCAAGGAAGGUGUCAAGACUAAGAGCAAUGACCAUAUUAAUUUGAAGGUGGCAGGGCAGGAUGAUUCUGUGGUACAGUUUAAGAUUAAGAGGCAUACGCCACUUAGAAAACUAAUGAAAGCCUAUUGUGAACGACAGGGUCUGUCAAUGAGGCAGAUCAGGUUUCUAUUUGAUGGGCAGCCAAUCAAUGAAACAGACACACCUGCACAGUUGGAAAUGGAGGAUGAAGAUACAAUUGAUGUGUUCCAGCAGCAGACAGGAGGUGUCUACUAAUAAUGGAACCUGCUACUUUACCCCAGAAUUCUGUCCUUCCAGAUCAAGAACACAUUCUCAAUUAGAAAACCGCAAUUUGGUUCCACCACAGCCUGACUACUACGGUAUAGUUUUCUCUAGUAUUUCAUUUUCCCCUUCCCUGUUCAUUUACCGGACAUAAAAGUAACUGUGUAUGUGCACAAGCAUAUUGCAUUUUUUUAACUAAUUUGCCAAUAGUAUGUUUUUAUUGACAUCAAAUGGAGAUGGGAAGGGCAAAUACCCCAUUUCUGUGAAAAUGCCCCUUUUCUCCACUAGUGGCGUGUUCAUUCAGCUCUUUAUAUUCCAGUACGUUGUUUUGCUCUCACUGCUUAACAAAACAAAGAGCAACAUAAAAACCCUUGCAUACCUUGUUAGAUUGGAGAAUUUUAAUGUUUUUCAUUUAUCAUUGAAAAACUAAGUUUAUAAUUUUUUGUACAUAGCUGUUACAUAUAGGGCAAUCUGUCUUUAUGUAGGGAUAAAACUGAAUCCUAGAUAGCUUUCCUUUCAAGUAAAAUGUCUUGUUGUUUAAAUAAACUCCGUGUUUAAAAUGAAAAAAAAAACAACAAUUGGGUUGCCCUUAUCCUUAUUGAUUUGUAGUUCUGUAUAAUUCUGAAUCUAAGUCCUUUCUCAGAUACAGGUAUUGAAAAUAUUUUCUCCCAUUCUGUGACCUGCCUUUCACUCUCUUAAUAACAUCUUAAUUUUAAUAAAGUGGAAUUUAUUUUUUUUGUUUAGGGUUAGUGCUUUUUGUGUCCUUGCUAAGGAAUGCUUGAGUAUAUCAAGGUCAUUAAGACAUUAUCCUAUGUUAUCUUCAAUAACUUUCAUUUGUUUAACCUUCCACUUUUAAUCUAUGAUCCAUUUGGAAUUGAAUUUUGCAUAUAGUUUGAAAUCAAUGCAAAGGAUUAUUUGGAUUUAUUGGCUAACCCAGGUAAUCCAGAGCCACUUACCAAAAGGACCAUUUUCUCCCCUGCUGCAUUAUAAUGGAUUAUUUUUAUCAUAAAUGACAAUAUACGUAUAGAUCUCUUUUCAGACUCUACCAUUGUUCAGUUUUUCUAUAUUUGCAAAAAUCACACAUUGGUUAAAUUGUUAUAGCUUUGUAAAGUAAUUUGAUUUAUGUAAAUCAUCAAAUUUUGUUUUUCUACAAGAUUUUAAUUGCUGUUAUUGCCAUUUGCAAUUCUAUGUACAAUUUAGAAUCCACUUGUCAAUUUCCAUUUUAAAAAGCCUACUGGGAUUAUUAGUUUGUAUUGGAAAUUGAGUUAUAGAAAAUAAACAUCUUUAAAAUAUAGAGUUUUCUAAUUGGUGGCCAGUGUACAAUUCUCUUUUUAUUUAGGUCUAUGUUAAUUUCUCUCAAUGUUUUUGUACUUUUCUUUGUAGAAGUAUUGCAAUCUUCUGUUAAUUUUAUCCCUCAAUAUUUGAUAAUUUUUUAAAAUAAUGCCAAUGGCAUUAUUUUUCAUUUUAUUUUCUGCUUGUCAUUAAUGUAUAGAAAUAAAAAUCAUUUUUGUAUAUUAUGAUGGUUAAUUUUAUGUGUUAAGUUGACUAGAUCAACGUGUGCUUAGAUAUUUCACUAAACAUUAUUUCUGGGUGUGUCUGUGAGGGUGUUUCUGGAUGAAAUUAGUAUUUGAAUAGGUGGACCAAAAAAGUAGUUUGCCCUCUAUAGUGUGGAUUGGCAUCAUUCUAUCUGUGGAGGGGCUGAAUAAAACAAAAAAACAAAGGAAGAAUUGAGCCCUUCCUACCUGAUUGCUUGAGCCAGGAUAUCAAUCUUUUCCUGCUGGCCUCGAUCCUCAUUCUCAGGCCUUCAGACUGACUGAAUUACACCACUGGCUCUCCUGGAUCUCCAGCCUGCAGAUGGCAAAUUGUGGAACUUCACAACCUCCCUAAUUGU